GCCCACCAGAUCCGUGGUCAGGAUUAAAGCCGGGUACCUGGCGCUAUGAGGGAGCAACUCUACCACUGUGCCUCCUUAAUAGUCUUGACUCUUGAGGAAGUGCAGAUGACAGUGGCAUAACAUAGAACUAGCUUAAACGGGUUGAUCGAUAGUCGGCGUGGACAUGGUGGGCUGAAGGAGGGUUUUUUUCUCUCCAGCAUUUAUGCUCUUUUGUCCUCCCUUAGAAGCGGACCUGGCGCAGUGACGGAGCUGACGCUGAACCCAGCUGGUGACACACGUGGAAGGGAUGGCAUUUGUAGCAACUCCAGGAGCGGUGGUGGACCAGACCACACUCAUGAAGAAAUACCUGCAGUUUGUGGCUGCCCUGACUGACAGCAACACCCCUGACGAAACUAAACUAAAAAUGAUGCAGGAAGUCAGUGAAAACUUUGAAAAUGUCACCACUUCACCGCAGUACUCCACAUUCCUGGAACACAUCAUUCCUCGCUUUCUCACAUUCCUGCAAGACGGAGAGGUGCAGUUCCUUCAGGAAAAGUCUGCUCAGCAAGUUCGAAAACUCGUCCUUGAAAUUAUUCACAGAAUUCCAACAAAUGAGCAUUUGCGAUCCCACACAAAAAACAUCUUGUCCGUGAUGUUUCGCUUUUUGGAAGUUGAGAAUGAAGAGAAUGUCCUCAUUUGCCUCCGUAUCAUCAUUGAAUUGCACAAACAGUUCAGGCCGCCGAUAACGCAGGAGAUUCACCACUUCCUUGACUUCGUGAAGCAGAUUUACAACGAUCUCCCUAAAGUGGUGACACGAUACUUUGAGAAGCCCCAAGCCAUCGCCGACAACACGGUCCCUUCCCCAGAGAUGGUGGGAAUGAUCACUCAGGUCGCCGUUAAAACCAACCCCGAGCGAGAGGACAGUGAAUCAAGAACACAUACCAUAAUUCCCAGAGGAUCCCUGUCCCUCAAGGUGCUGGCUGAGCUGCCCAUCAUUGUGGUCCUCAUGUAUCAGCUGUACAAGCAGAGUAUCCACAACGUCGUAUCGGAAUUCGUCCCUUUAAUUAUGAACACGAUCAUGUUGCAAGUGACACCGCAGGCAAGACUAAAUAAACUUUACAACAAGGAACUAUACGCUGACUUCAUUGCUGCACAGAUUAAAACAUUGUCCUUUCUCGCUUAUAUCAUAAGAAUCUAUCAGGAGUUGGUGGGAAAAUAUUCGCAACAGAUGGUGAAAGGAAUGCUUCAGUUGUUAUCUAACUGCCCUUCUGAAACUGCCCAUCUACGGAAGGAACUUUUGAUCGCAGCCAAACACAUCCUAACCACUGACCUUCGCAACCAAUUCAUUCCAUGCAUGGAUAAGUUGUUUGAUGAAUCUGUGCUAAUAGGCUCGGGAUACACAGCCCGCGAGACACUGAGACCCCUGGCCUACAGCACCCUGGCGGACCUGGUGCAUCACGUCCGCCAGCACCUCCCACUCAACGAUCUGGCCCUCGCCGUCCAGCUGUUUGCCAAGAACAUCGACGAUGAAUCGUUGCCCAGCAGCAUCCAGACCAUGUCGUGCAAGCUGCUGCUCAACCUGGUGGACUGCAUCCGAUCCAAGAGUGAGCAGGAGAACGGCAACGGCAGGGACAUUCUGAUGAGAAUGCUGGAGGUAUUUGUGCUGAAGUUCCACACCAUCUCCCGCUACCAGCUGUCCACCAUCUUCAAGAAGUGCAAGCCGCAGUCGGAGCUGAUGGCCGCCGAUGCCCCGGUGGCCUCCGCCGCCGCCCAGGCCACUCCCACGUCGUCCGUGCCUCCCCCCGCCCCGGCCACGCCCACUCUCCAGGCCCCCGCCUUGGACAAACACACAGACAAGGACAAGGAGGAGAAGCAGACCUUCCAGGUGUCCGACUGCCGCAGCUUGGUGAAGACGCUGGUUUGCGGCGUAAAGACAAUCACCUGGGGCAUCACCUCGUGCAAGUCGCCCGGAGAGGCUUCGUUCAUUCCCAACAAACAGUUACAGCCCAAAGAAACACAGAUUUAUAUCAAGCUGGUUAAAUAUGCCAUGCAGGCUUUGGAUAUAUACCAGGUCCAGAUUGCUGGGAAUGGCCAAACGUACAUUCGAGUGGCCAAUUGCCAGACUGUGAGGAUGAAGGAGGAGAAGGAGGUUUUAGAGCAUUUUGCUGGCGUUUUCACCAUGAUGAAUCCUUUGACAUUUAAAGAGAUAUUUCAGACAACCGUCCCGUAUAUGGUGGAAAGGAUCUCCAAGAACUAUGCACUUCAGAUUGUGGCCAACUCUUUCUUGGCCAACCUGUCCACGUCGGCUCUCUUUGCCACCAUCCUGGUGGAGUAUCUUCUCGACCGACUCCCGGAGAUGGGCUCAAACGUGGAGCUGUCCAACCUCUACCUCAAGCUCUUCAAGCUGGUGUUCGGCUCGGUGUCUCUGUUUGCUGCCGAAAAUGAACAGAUGCUGAAGCCACACCUGCACAAGAUUGUGAACAGUUCAAUGGAGCUUGCUCAAACUGCCAAGGAACCAUACAACUACUUUCUCUUGCUUCGAGCCCUCUUCCGAUCCAUUGGAGGUGGCAGCCAUGACCUCCUGUAUCAGGAGUUUCUACCUUUGCUGCCUAACCUGCUGCAAGGGCUCAACAUGCUGCAGAGCGGCCUUCAUAAGCAGCACAUGAAGGAUCUCUUUGUGGAGCUGUGUUUAACGGUGCCCGUCCGCCUCAGCUCCCUCUUGCCCUACCUGCCGAUGCUGAUGGACCCGUUGGUGUCUGCGCUCAAUGGCUCCCAGACUCUGGUCAGUCAGGGCCUGCGCACCCUGGAACUGUGCGUCGACAACCUACAGCCUGACUUUUUGUACGACCACAUCCAGCCCGUGCGGGCUGAACUCAUGCAGGCUCUAUGGCGCACUCUACGCAACCCAGCCGACAGCAUCUCCCACGUGGCCUACCGCGUGCUGGGCAAGUUUGGCGGCAGCAAUCGGAAGAUGCUGAAAGAGUCGCAGAAACUGCAGUACAUCGUCACCGAGGUCCAAGGGCCCAGCAUCACGGCCGAGUUCUCCGACUGCAAGGCUUCAAUCCAACUUCCAAUGGAGAAGGCGAUUGAGACGGCGUUGGACUGCCUGAAGAGUGCAAACACGGAGCCAUAUUAUCGUCGCCAGGCCUGGGAAGUCAUCAAGUGCUUCUUAGUGGCAAUGAUGAGCUUGGACGACAACAAACAUUCACUGUACCAACUACUUGCCCACCCAAACUUCACGGAGAAGGUGAUUCCCAGUGUGAUUAUUUCGCACCGUUACAAGGCACAGGACACGCCCGCUCGUAAAACCUUCGAGCAAGCGCUGACCGGGGCCUUCAUGUCGGCUGUCAUCAAGGACCUGCGGCCCAGCGCUCUGCCUUUCGUGGCCAGCCUCAUCCGCCACUACACCAUGGUGGCCGUAGCCCAGCAGUGCGGCCCAUUCCUGUUGCAGUGUUACCAAGUGGGAAGCCAGCCGAGCACCGCCAUGUUCCACAGUGAGGAGAACGGGUCAAAGGGGAUGGACCCCCUCGUCCUUAUUGAUGCCAUUGCCAUCUGCAUGGCGUACGAGGAGAAGGAACUCUGUAAAAUAGGAGAGGUGGCGCUGGCUGUUAUCUUUGACGUGGCAAGCAUCAUCUUGGGCUUGAAGGAGCGGGCCUGCCUGCUGCCGUUAUUCUCCUACAUCGUGGAGCGUCUCUGCGCCUGCUGCUAUGAACAAGCGUGGUACGCCAAACUCGGAGGUGUCGUCUCCAUCAAGUUUCUAAUGGAGCGCCUGCCUUUGAUCUGGGUCCUGCAGAAUCAGCAAACCUUCCUGAAGGCUCUGCUCUUUGUCAUGAUGGAUCUGACCGGAGAGGUUUCCAACGGUGCCGUUGCCAUGGCCAAGACCACCCUGGAACAGCUGCUGGUUCGCUGUGCCACCCCCCUGAAGGAGGAGGAGAAGUUGGAAGAGCUGCUGAUGGCUCAGGAGAAGUCAUUCCACCACGUGACCCACGACCUGGUGCGUGAGGUCACGUCGCCAAACUCCACCGUGCGGAAGCAGGCCAUGCACGCGUUGCAGGUGCUCGCCCAGGUGACAGGGAGAAGCGUGACGGAAAUCAUGGAGCCCCACAAAGAGGUCCUACAAGACAUGGUUCCACCCAAGAAGCACUUGCUGCGACACCAGCCGGCAAACGCUCAGAUCGGCCUGAUGGAAGGGAAUACAUUUUGCACCACGCUCCAGCCCAGACUCUUCACCAUGGACUUAAACGUCGUGGAGCACAAAGUCUUUUAUACCGAGCUGCUGAAUCUGUGUGAGGCUGAAGACAUCGCACUCAUGAAACUGCCCUGCUACAAAAGCCUGCCUUCACUCGUGCCUUUACGCAUUGCUGCCCUAAAUGCCCUGGCCGCCUGCAAUUACCUGCCUCAGUCGCGAGAAAAAAUCAUCGCUGCGCUGUUCAAGGCGCUGAACUCGACCAACAAUGAACUGCAGGAGGCGGGAGAGGCCUGUAUGAGGAAGUUUUUGGAGGGAGCCACAAUAGAAGUGGAUCAGAUCCACACGCACAUGCGGCCACUGCUGAUGAUGCUGGGUGACUAUCGCAGCCUGACCCUGAACGUUGUCAACCGCCUCACGUCCGUCACAAGGCUUUUCCCCAACUCCUUUAACGACAAAUUUUGUGACCAGAUGAUGCAACAUCUGCGCAAGUGGAUGGAGGUGGUGGUGCUCACACACAAAGGAGGGCAGAGAAGCGAUGGCAAUGAAAUGAAGAUCUGCUCGGCCAUCAUUAAUCUGUUUCACCUGAUACCGGCAGCUCCCCAGACGCUGGUGAAGCCCCUGCUGGAGGUGGUGAUGAAAACCGAGAGGGCCAUGCUCAUCGAGGCUGGAAGUCCAUUCCGUGAACCCCUGAUAAAGUUUUUGACGCGUUACCCAGCACAGACCGUUGAGCUGUUCAUGAUGGAAGCCACGUUGAACGACCCUCAAUGGAGCAGAAUGUUUAUGAGUUUUCUGAAGCACAAAGACGCCAAGCCGCUGCGUGAUGUCCUGGCCGCCACGCCAGGGCGCUUCGUCAACCUGCUGUUCCCCGGAGCGCAGAAUGCCGUCAGGCCUGGCUCCCCCAGUUCCAGCACCAUCCGCCUCGACCUCCAGUUCCAAGCCAUCAAGAUCAUCAGCAUCAUCGUGAAGAACGACGGCCACUGGCUGUCCGGCCAGCAGCAGCUGGUUAGCCACCUGCGACGGGUGUGGGUGAGCGAGGCCUUCCAGGAGAGGCAUCGCAAGGAGAGCAUGGUGGCCACACACUGGAAGGAGCCCAAACUCCUCGCCUUCUGCCUGCUGAAUUACUGCAAGCGUAACUUUGCGGAGAUCGAGCUGCUGUUUCAGCUGCUGCGGGCCUUCACCGGACGUUUCCUCAGCAACAUGACCUUCCUCAAGGAGUACAUGGAGGAAGAGAUCCCCAAGAACUACAGCGUGUCGCAGAAACGCGCCCUUUUCUUCCGAUUCGUGGAGUUUUACGACCCAAACUUUGGAGAUGAACUGAAGGCGAAGGCUUUGCAGCAUAUCUUGAUCCCUGCAUUCCAAUCCAGUUUUGAUAAAGGAGAAGGGGAGCAACUGUUGGGGCCUCCGAACCCUGAGGGAGACAACCCAGAAAGUAUCACCAGUGUUUUCAUCACCAAGGUGCUGGACCCGGAGAAGCACGCGGAGAUGCUGGACGCGCUGAGGAUUUACCUGCUGCAGUUCGCCACGCUGCUGGUGGAGCACGCCCCUCACCACAUCCACGACAACAACAAGAGCCGCAACAGCAAGCUGAGGCGCCUGAUGACCUUCGCCUGGCCCUGCCUGCUCUCCAAGACUUGCGUGGACCCGGCCUGCAAGUACAGCGGCCAUCUGCUGCUCGCACACAUCAUCGCCAAGUUCGCCAUCCAUAAAAAGAUCGUCUUGCAGGUCUUCCUGAGUCUGUUGAAAGCCCACGCCAUGGAGGCUCGGUUGGUGGUGAGGCAAGCGAUGGCCAUUCUCACUCCGGCUGUUCCCGCUCGAAUGGAAGACGGGCAUCAGAUGCUUACUCAUUGGACACGGAAAAUCAUCGUGGAGGAGGGGUACACGGUGCCCCAGUUGGUCCAUAUCCUGCAUCUGAUAGUUCAGCAUUUCAGGGUCUACUUCCCGGUGCGACACCACCUGGUGCAGCACAUGGUCAGCGCCAUGCAGCGCCUGGGCUUCACGCCCAGCGUCACCAUCGAGCAGCGGAAGCUGGCCGUCGAUCUGGCGGAAGUCGUCAUCAAGUGGGAGCUGCAGCGGAUCAAAGACCAGCAGCCUGAGUCCGACCCUGACAUGAAUGGUGGUGGAGAGGGAACCAGUGCUGCCAACGGCAACGUGAAACGUGGUCUGUCCAUGGAUUCCGCCCAGGAUGUGAAGCGUCUCCGGACAAAUGCUGGAAAUGUAUUUGGCCGAAGCCAGUCACUGACUGGAGCUGAUCACCUGCUUUCAAAGCCCAUUGACAAACAGCACACUGACACCGUCGUCAAUUUCCUCAUCAGAAUCGCUUGUCAGGUGAACGAUUCCUCCAACACAGCGGGCUCACCGGGGGAAAUGUUGUCCAGGCGAUGUGUCAGCCUCCUGAAGAUGGCCCUUCGAUCCGACGUGUGGCCAAAAGCUGAACUGAAGCUUCAGUGGUUUGACAAGUUGCUGAUGACAGUGGAGCAGCCCAACCAGGCGAACAUGGCCAACAUCUGCACGGGGCUGGAGGUGCUGAGCUUCCUCCUCACUGUGCUCCAGUCGCCGGCAAUCCUCAGCAGCUUCAAGCCGCUGCAGCGGGGGAUCGCGGCCUGCAUGACCUGCGGCAACAACAAAGUCCUUCGGGCCGUCCACACCCUGCUAUCCCGACUGAUGAGCGUCUUCCCCACAGAGCCAAGCACGUCGAGCGUGGCAUCAAAGUACGAGGAGCUGGAAUGCCUCUACGCGGCCGUGGGGAAAGUCAUUUACGAAGGCCUCACUAACUAUGAGAAAGCAACCAAUGCCAAUCCCAAUCAGCUCUUCGGUACACUGAUGAUCCUGAAGUCGGCUUGCAGCAACAACCCCAGCUACAUCGACCGCCUCAUCUCUGUCUUCAUGCGCUCCCUCCAGAAGAUGGUCAGAGAUCAUCUCAACCCACAGACCACUCCCGGGGCAUCGGAAACUAGCACAGUCACGAUUGAGUUGAUCAUGCUAAGCCUGGAGCUGGUGAAAACCCGCCUUGCUGUAAUGAGCAUGGAAAUGCGGAAGAACUUCAUCCAAGUCAUCUUAACCUCUCUCAUUGAGAAGUCACCCGAUGCCAAAAUUUUGAGGGCUGUGGUGAAGAUAGUCGAGGAGUGGGUGAAGAACAAUUCUGCCAUGGCAAUAAACCAGACACCUACACUGAGGGAGAAGUCCAUUUUAUUGGUUAAAAUGAUGACCUACAUUGAAAAACGCUUUGCAGAUGACCUUGAGUUAAAUGCUCAAUUCUUGGACCUCGUUAACUUUGUCUAUAGGGAUGAGAACCUCUUCGGCAGUGAACUGACGGCGAAGCUGGAGCCGGCGUUCUUGGCUGGAUUGCGAUGUUGCCAGCCACACAUUCGGGCCAAGUUCUUCGAGGUCUUCGACAACUCCAUGAGGCGGCGGGUGUACGACCGGCUGCUCUACAUUACCUGCUCCCAGAACUGGGAGGCCAUGGGCAGUCACUUCUGGAUCAAGCAGUGCAUCGAGCUGCUGCUCGCGGUGUGUGAGAAAAACACAACCAUUGGCACCAAUUGCCAAGGUGCCAUGCUGCCAUCUAUCACCAACGUCAUUAACCUAGCCGACAGCCAUGACCGCGCAGCCUUUGCCAUGGUAACGCACGUGAAACAGGAGCCCAGGGAGAGGGAGAACAGCGAGAGCAAAGAGGAGGAUGUGGAAAUCGAUAUUGAGUUGGCACCUGGGGAUCAGAGCAGCACGCCAAAAACCAAGGAGCAGUCCGAGAAAGAUGCAGGGAACCAGCUGCACAUGCUGACAAAUAGGCAUGAUAAAUUCCUCGACUCGCUCAGGGAAGUAAAGACUGGAGCCCUGCUGAGUGCCUAUGUACAGCUGUGUCAUAUUAGCACAGCUUUAGCAGAGAAGACCUGGAUUCAACUCUUUCCCAGACUCUGGAAGAUUCUAUCUGACAGGCAACAGCACGCACUGGCGGGAGAGAUCAGCCCCUUCCUGUGCAGCGGGAGCCACCAGGUACAGAGGGACUGCCAGCCAAGUGCCCUGAACUGUUUUGUGGAGUCAAUGUCGCAGUGCGUUCCCCACAUUUCCAUCCGGCCGUGUGUACUGAAGUACCUGGGCAAGACCCACAACCUGUGGUUCCGCUCCACACUCAUGCUGGAACACCAGGCCUUUGAAAAAGGCUUGAGUCUUCAGAUCAAACCACGCCAGACCUCGGAGUUCUAUGAGCAAGAGAGCAUAACUCCACCGCCACAGGAAAUUCUGGAUUCGCUGGCAGAACUCUACUCGUUGCUGCAAGAGGAGGACAUGUGGGCUGGACUCUGGCAAAAGCGGUGCAAGUUUCCAGAGACAGCGACAGCGAUCGCCUACGAGCAGCACGGCUUCUUUGAGCAGGCGCAGGAAACCUACGAGAAGGCCAUGGACAAGGCAAGGAAAGAGAACGAACGAAACAAUGCCUCGCCCGCCAUAUUCCCGGAGUAUCAGCUGUGGGAAGACCAUUGGAAUCGCUGCUCAAAGGAACUAAACCAGUGGGAGGCGCUGACGGAAUAUGGCCAGUCCAAAGGUCACGUCAAUCCAUACCUAGUGCUGGAGUGUGCCUGGAGAGUGUCUAACUGGACUGCCAUGAAAGAAGCAUUGGUGCAGGUGGAGCUGAGUUGCCCUAAGGAGAUGGCGUGGAAGGUAAACAUGUACCGAGGGUACCUGGCCAUUUGCCACCCCGAGGAGCAGCAGCUCAACUUCAUCGAGCGCCUGGUGGAGAUGGCGAGCAGCCUGGCGAUCCGAGAGUGGCGGAGACUCCCGCACAUCGUCUCGCACGUGCACACGCCGCUGCUUCAGGCAGCCCAGCAAAUUAUCGAGCUGCAGGAAGCAGCGCAAAUAAACGCCGGUUUGCAGCCGGCUAAUCUGGGGAGGAACACCAGCCUGCACGACAUGAAGACUGUGGUGAAGACUUGGAGGAACCGCCUGCCCAUCGUGUCUGACGACCUGUCUCACUGGAGCAGCAUCUUCAUGUGGAGGCAGCAUCAUUACCAAGUGGGACGGACCACAGCAGAUACAAAACUGAAACCAGCGAUCGUGGCAGCUUACGAGAACAGCUCUCAGCACGACCCCAACUCCAACAAUGCCAUGCUGGGGGUGCACGCCUCAGCCUCCGCCAUCAUCCAGUACGGCAAGAUUGCCCGUAAGCAGGGCCUGGUCAACGUGGCCCUGGACAUCCUCAGCCGCAUCCACACCAUCCCCACCGUGCCCAUCGUCGACUGCUUCCAGAAGAUCCGGCAACAAGUCAAGUGCUACCUCCAGCAGGCUGGAGUGAUGGGCAAGAACGAGUGCAUGCAGGGUUUGGAAGUGAUUGAAUCGACAAACCUGAAAUAUUUCACCAAGGAGAUGACGGCAGAAUUCUAUGCAUUGAAAGGGAUGUUCCUGGCUCAGAUUAAUAAGUCGGAGGAGGCCAACAAAGCGUUCUCUGCAGCUGUGCAGAUGCACGAUGUCCUGGUUAAGGCUUGGGCCAUGUGGGGAGAUUACCUGGAGAACAUCUUUGUGAAAGAAAGGCAGCUCCACCUCGGUGUCUCUGCCAUCACCUGCUACCUGCACGCCUGCCGCCAUCAGAACGAGAGCAAAUCGAGGAAGUACCUGGCUAAGGUCCUUUGGCUGCUGAGCUUUGAUGAUGAAAAGAACACGUUGGCAGACGCUGUGGACAAGUACUGUAUCGGUGUGCCUCCCAUCCAGUGGCUGGCAUGGAUCCCUCAACUCUUGACUUGUCUGGUCGGCUCAGAAGGCAAACUGCUCCUCAACCUCAUCAGCCAAGUGGGAAGAGUGUUUCCCCAGGCUGUCUACUUCCCAAUCAGGACGCUCUACUUGACCCUGAAGAUCGAACAGCGUGAGCGAUACAAAAGUGACUCGGGCCAGCAGCAGCCGGGCUCGGUGGGCACCCAGUCGCACUCGGCCUCGGACCCGGGGCCGAUCCGGGCCACGGCGCCCAUGUGGCGCUGCAGUCGCAUCAUGCACAUGCAGCGGGAGCUGCACCCCACCCUCCUCUCAUCCCUCGAGGGCAUCGUCGAUCAGAUGGUGUGGUUCCGCGAAAACUGGCACGAAGAGGUGCUGAGGCAGCUCCAGCAAGGACUGGCCAAGUGCUACUCCGUGGCUUUCGAGAAGAGCGGAGCCGUGUCCGACGCCAAGAUCACGCCGCACACCUUGAACUUCGUCAAGAAGCUGGUGAGCACGUUUGGGGUGGGCCUGGAGAACGUCUCCAACGUGUCCACCAUGUUCUCGAGCGCAGCAUCGGAGUCGCUGGCCAGGAGGGCCCAGGCCACUGCCCAAGACCCCGUCUUCCAGAAGCUGAAGGGACAGUUCACGACAGAUUUUGACUUCAGUGUGCCGGGUUCGAUGAAGCUUCACAAUCUCAUCUCCAAGCUGAAGAAAUGGAUAAAGAUCCUGGAAGCAAAAACCAAGCAGCUCCCUAAAUUCUUCCUGAUUGAGGAGAAGUGUCGGUUUCUCAGUAACUUCUCGGCACAGACGGCAGACGUGGAGAUCCCGGGAGAGUUCCUCAUGCCCAAGCCGACGCAUUAUUACAUUAAGAUCGCACGGUUCAUGCCGAGAGUGGAGAUUGUACAGAAGCACAACACAGCGGCCCGCCGGCUCUACAUCCGCGGUCACAACGGCAAGAUCUACCCCUACCUGGUGAUGAACGACGCCUGCCUGACCGAGUCUCGGCGGGAGGAGCGCGUUCUGCAGCUGCUGCGGCUGCUGAACCCCUGUCUGGAGAAGAGAAAGGAGACCACAAAGCGACACCUCUUCUUCACAGUGCCACGUGUGGUCGCAGUCUCCCCUCAGAUGCGGCUGGUUGAAGACAAUCCUUCUUCGCUUUCCCUCGUGGAGAUCUACAAGCAGCGCUGCGCCAAGAAGGGCAUUGAGCAUGACAACCCAAUAUCCCGCUACUACGACCGGCUGGCCACCGUACAGGCCAGAGGGACCCAAGCCAGUCAUCAGGUUCUGCGUGACAUCCUGAAGGAGGUGCAGGGUAACAUGGUGCCUCGGAGCAUGCUGAAGGAAUGGGCGCUGCACACAUUCCCCAACGCCACCGACUACUGGACCUUUCGCAAGAUGUUCACCAUUCAGCUGGCCCUCAUCGGCUUCGCGGAGUUUGUCCUCCACCUGAAUCGCCUUAACCCGGAGAUGCUGCAGAUUGCACAGGACACGGGGAAGCUGAACGUUGCCUACUUCAGGUUUGACAUCAACGACUCCACGGGUGAUCUAGAUGCCAAUCGCCCCGUGCCCUUCCGGCUCACGCCAAACAUCUCCGAGUUCCUCACCACCAUCGGUGUCUCCGGCCCCCUCACCGCCUCCAUGAUCGCCGUCGCUAGGUGCUUUGCUCAACCCAACUUCAAGGUGGACGGCAUCCUGAAGGCGGUGCUGCGUGACGAGAUCAUCGCCUGGCACAAGAAGACGCAGGAGGACACGUCGUCACCACUGUCGGCAGCCGGGCAGCCCGAGAACAUGGACAGCCAGCAGCUGGUGUCACUGGUGCAGAAGGCAGUGACCGCCAUCGUCACCCGCCUACACAGCCUGGCCCUGUUUGAGGGCGGAGAGAGCAAGGUCAGCACGCUGGUGGCUGCUGCCAACAGCCUGGACAAUCUGUGCCGCAUGGACCCAGCCUGGCACCCCUGGCUCUAGACCACCCCCCCUCACCCCACCCUGUGCCCAUUGCCCUGCAACACCCAGCCUGGCACCCCGGAUCAAGACCCUCCCCUCUUACCCCACCCCGUGCCCACUGGCCUCCGUGGACCCAGCCUGGCACCCCUGGCUCUAGACCCCCCCUCUCACCCCACCCCUUCCUUGCCCCUCCUCUCUCCGGGAGGAAGGAGAAGGGAGAGGGGCAGGGAAAGGGAGUGGAGAGGAGAGGAAAGACAAGCACAUGAGCGGCAGAGGGAACAGUUACCCCUUCGAAUGUCGGCUUAAAUGCCAGGCAGGUAUUGAAAGCAAAGAGGAGUGGGGGGGAGGUGAGAGGGAGUAAAGCAAACAGGUUUACUUCAAAGCUGGCACACAAAUGGGAACAAACUGGGGUAGGGUUAGAGAAAGAGUGAGUGAGCGAAAGUGAGACAGAGAGUGAGAAAGAGAGAGAGAGAGAGAGAGAGAGAGAGAGGGGGUGAAUCACAGGGUCCAAAUCACUGGAGCUUGAAGUCGGUGCCACUUGUCAUGUCCACAGUAUUCUUCCAUGGUCUGUAAGUUUCAAGGAGAAUUUGAAUGAACAGAGGGACAGAGCUGUAGAAGAAGCAGUGUGUAAAAUGCAGGCAGCUAACUCCCUGGUUCCAGAGUCAAGGUGCUUUUUUACAGUAGCGUACUAACGCUGAGAGGAGGCGUUGCAGCUUGGGAGGACUGCCGU